UGUUUAUCUGUUUGAAGUAUAGUUUAUAUAAUAAUUUUCGUUUUCCGGGUGCAAUAUGUUUUUCGGUGGAGACGCUGACUUUCAGCGGUUACUCAGGGAGAGCGGCUUUGACCGCAGCGAUCUCCGCGGUGAAGCUGAGCUAAAUUGCACUCUUCCCGCUAUUCUGGACUUUCCCAACAUGAUGCGAAAGAAGAGCAUCGCUGUGGCGCUGGCGUGUUUCCUCAUAAGCAUGUAUCUGUUCAUCCUUCUGGCAAUUGUGUGUGAUGAUUAUCUCGUGCCAUCGAUGGAGCGACUGUGUUACACUCUUCGCAUGACCUACGAUGUGGCUGGUGCCACUUUCCUGGCAGCGGCCACCUCAGCCCCAGAGCUCUUCGUCGCCUUUAUCGGCACAUUCAUCACGGAGGGCGACAUUGGGGUGGGCACCAUUGUGGGAUCUUCGGUGUUCAAUGUGCUGGGUAUUGCUACCGUCUGCGGAAUUUUUACUGGCACGGCCAAGCUGGACUGGUGGCCUAUUUCGAGGGAUUCAAUGUGGUACUUGGCCUCCAUAACCCUACUUGGAAUUGUGCUCAUUGACUCGAAGGUGAUGUGGUACGAGGCGACCAUCAUGCUCAUCUUGUAUUUUAUUUACCUGACGACCCUCAUCUUCGAUCGCAAGUUGCAACGCUUGUGUCGAUCGCUGGACGGCGAGCGGGAGUUGAUGGACGAGGAUCCAAUGUUGCGGGAGGAGGAUCCUUUCAAGACAUUUCGCGAGCAUUUGUGCAGCAAGCCAGAGAAGGGAUCGCCCUGCAUUGAAGUUACCUGGUGGGCGAUCAAGUACCCGGCCAUUUUUAUACUGGCCAUUACCACGCCUAGUGUGCGGACCAUAUUCUUUUUCACUAUGCUCAUUGCCGUGCUAUGGAUCAGCGGGAUAUCGUAUCUGCUCUCCUGGUUCCUAACCGUGGUCGGCUAUAACAUUGGCAUACCAGACUCGAUCAUGGGCCUGACCGUCCUGGCCGUAGGCACCAGUGUGCCCGAGGUGGUGUCUUCCUAUAUAGUGACCAGAAAGGGGUACGGCUCUAUGGCCAUGUGCAAUGCGAUUGGCUCGAACACAUUCGACAUAUUCAUCUGCCUGGGACUGCCCUGGUUGCUUAAAAAUCUCAUUAAAGGCCAGCCCAUUCUGAUCAAUUCUACCGGCCUCACGAUCACAGCGGCUAUGCUCGUCGCUACUGUUGUCCUCCUAUACGCGUGCUUCCUGUUGACCAAGUUUACAUUGGGCAAGCCUGUGGGCUGGAUGAGCCUCAUCACGUAUAUCCUGUUCCUCGUCUGCGCAAUUGCCAUCGAGAUAACCCAGAACAAGUUGAACCACUGCGACAUCGAAGACAAUGCCUACACAAAUUAUCUGCACCAAAAUCUGUGAUCUAGUUCAGAUCGUUUCGCACCAAAAAAUUCUCGAAGUAAAUUCAAUACAGUUCUGAAAAUCUGUGGUGAACAAUCUUCUAUUUGUUUUCAAUAAAAAAAAUCAUCAGUAUGCUAGAAUAAAGUCA